AUGGAUGACAGCACUGCCUGUCGUGUUGCUUCCCACUCAAUGCCCACCCCUCUUCUGCUGUCCGCCCCUCCUCUAUCCGCCCCUCUCUGCCCGCCCCUGGCGGGGCGCACAGGGCCCGUGCUGCUGUGCCUGCAUGGGGGCGGCUAUGCCGGGUGGGUGCACCCACGCCUCAACCGCCCCUUUCCCCGUUACAACCACACUGCUGCCUCGUUAAAGCUUUACUCACUCAUUGCGCAAGCACGUGCUCGAGCCCACUUCCGAGUGGUGGCCAUGGACAUGCGCGGCCACGGCGCCACACGCACCGCCAACGACCUCGACCUCUCCGCCCUGGUUUCCUCUCCGCCCAGAUUUCCUCUCCGCCCAGGUUUCCUCUCCGCCCAGGUGCCUCUCUCUCCGCCCAGGUUUCCUCUCCUCCCAGGUUUCCUCUCCGCCCAGGUGCCUCUCUCUCCGCCCAUGUUUCCUCUCCGUCCAGGUUUCCUCUCCGCCCAGGUGCCUCUCCGUCCAGGUGCCUCUCCGUCCAGGUGCCUCUCCGUCCAGGUGCCUCUCCGCCCAGGUAUCAUGCUCACGUGCAUGACGCUGCCAGCCAUUGUGCAUGCACACAUCUAUGCAGCCAUGUGUACUUUGCUCUCUCCUCAGUGCUCUACGCUGGUGGAGGAUGUGGCAGGCGUGGCAAGGAAGCUCUUUGGUGACUCACCUCCCGCCAUCGUGCUCCUGGGUCACAGUGCGGGUGGCGGAGCAGCAGCUGCUGCCAUCGCUGGCAGGCCUCGUGGUCGUCGACGUCGUCGAGGUGCCUCCCUCUCUCCCUCCCUGCCCCCACCUGCCUCCUCCCUGCCCCCACCUGCCUCCUCCCUGCCCCCACCUGCCUCCUCCUUGCCCCCACCUGCCUCCUCUCUGCCCCCACCUGCCCCCUCCCUGCCCCCACCUGCCUCCUCCCUGCCCCCACCUGCCUCCUCCCUGCCCCCACCUGCCUCCUCCCUGCCCCCGCCUGCCUCCUCCCUGACCCCGCCUGCCUCCUCCCUGCCCCCGCCUGCCUCCUCCCUGCCCCCGCCUGCCUCCUCCCUGCCCCCGCCUGCCUCCUCCCUGCCCCCGCCUGCCUCCUCCCUGCCCCCGCCUGCCUCCUCCCUGCCCCCGCCUGCCUCCUCCCUGCCCCCGCCUGCCUCCUCCCUGCCCCCACCUGCCUCCUCCCUGCCCCCACCUGCCUCCUCCCUGCCCCCACCUGCCUCCUCCCUGCCCCCACCUGCCUCCUCCCUGCCCCCACCUGCCUCCUCCCUGCCCCCACCUGCCUCCUCCCUGCCCCCACCUGCCUCCUCCCUGCCCCCACCUGCCUCCUCCCUGCCCCCACCUGCCUCCUCCCUGCCCCCACCUGCCUCCUCCCUGCCCCCACCUGCCUCCUCCCUGCCCCCACCUGCCUCCUCCCUGCCCCCACCUGCCUCCUCCCUGCCCCCACGUGCCUCCUCCCUGCCCCCACGUGCCUCCUCCCUGCCCCCACGUGCCUCCUCCCUGCCCCCACCUGCCUCCUCCCUGCCCGCACCUGCCUCCUCCCUGCCCCCACCUGCCUCCUCCCUGCCCCCACGUGCCUCCUCCCUGCCCCCACCUGCCUCCUCCCUGCCCCCACCUGCCUCCUCCCUGCCCCUACCUGCCUCCUCCCUGCCCUCACCUGCCUCCUCCCUGCCCCCACCUGCCUCCUAUCUGUCCCCACCUGCCUCCUCCCUGCCUCCUGCCUGCCUCCUCUGUGCCGCCUCCGUGCCGCCUCCCUGCUGCCUCCCUGCCGCCUCCCUGCCUUACACUGCCCCAUUGUAUCUCUGCUUCCCUGCCCCCCUGCGUCCCUGCCUCACUGCCUCACAUUGCCUAACGGCCUCGUCGAUUCAUGAUGGCAGCGCCGUGGCAUCGCUGGGCCACAUGCAGGCAGUGCUGGCGUCACGCCCCUCACACUUCCCAUCGCUCUACAAAGUCCGUAUGUUCUCUGCCACAUGUUUCAUUCUCCUCGCUCGCACUGUGUUGCGACGGCAGGUGGAGUGGAGUGUGCGGUCGGGGCAUCUGAGGAGCGUUGAGUCGGCGCGUGUCUCAGUGCCACCCACCCUCGUACCAGACGCCGCAUGGAAGGGGUGA